GGCUCCUGCUGCCGCCGCCGCCACUGGGCAGAUACCGCAGUGAGGGGUCUGCCCGCGCUGCGUGCUCUCAAGAGCCCGGGUCUGGCCAGGAGCGAGAAGUUGAGAGUGAGGGCUGGGAGGUGGGCAGGACUCACCCAGGAGCUGCAAACCAAAAUAAGAAAUCUAGGCAGCAGCAGGAGAAAAGACAGUGAGCUGGAGCCAAGACCUCAGGCCAAGUGGAACUCGAGGAGAUGUCAUCAUUGGUAAAGGAGGACUUGGAGAAGAAACUGUUUAAGCCACUCUCACAGAAUCUGUGCGAGUUUAUUGAAAUAGAGUUCUCGGUCCAGGACAGGUAUUACCUCUGUGUAUCAGUGACCAAAAAUGAAGAAGUAAAAAUAAUUAUGGUGAAACACUACAGAAUAGGUUUAGAUGAAAAAUAUGAAGUAACCAAAAAGUGGUCUUUGAAUGACCUGCAGAUGAUCGAUGGAAAAGAAGCAGAUACAGACAAUCCAUUCUUUGAUCUGCACUUCAAGAAAGUAUACAGUUUGGAAGCAUAUAGUUGUGCUUCGAAAUAUGCCUUUGCUCGGACUGUAAACAAGCUGAAUCAUGCAUACCUCAAGAAGGACUUACAGAUCGUGAACUUUGAUUCUACUUACAUUAAUGAUGAUUCCAUUUGGUCCUCCAACAACAAGGAUUGCUUGGUCCUUAUGAGAAUAUGCUUCUAUGCCUUCAAUCUAGUGUGCCUGUCCCUGUGUCCUCUGCCACUCUGAACACAUAUCCUAUGUUCCUUCAUCCGUGUUCUAGGAAAAUGGUUCCCUAAGUAAAUAUUGAUAGUCAUGAUUUUGUUUUUUCCCUUUAUCGGUGACUAUUAUUUAUAUGAAAAUAAAGUGAUGCUUUGAGAAUUGC